AUGCAGUGGACCAAUGACAGCACCCUCCUUGGGUUCAUUCUGGUAGGUUUUUCUGAUCGACCCCAGUUAGGGCUGGUGCUCUUUGGGGUAAUCUUGUUCCAUUAUCUCAUGAUGCUCCUCGGCAAUGUUACCAUCAUCCUAGUAUCCCUCUUGGACUCCAAACUCCACAAUCCCAUGUACAUUUUCCUCUCCCAUCACUCUUUCCUUGACCUCUGCUUCACCAGCCGUAUUAUUCCUCAGCUUCUAGUCAACCUGGGGAGUUCAGAUAAGUCUAUCACAUAUGGGGGCUGUGUGGAUCUCUAUGUCUCCCUUGCCCUGGGAUCCAGGGAGUGUGUCCUCCUGGCUGUAAUGUCCUAUGAUUGCUAUGUCGCAGUCUACAGUCCUCUACAUUAUGCCUUUGUCGUGCACCCUCGGCUCUGUCAUAUCCUGGCAUCUAUGGCGUGGCUCAGUGGGGUGGUGACCACCCUCAUACAGUCCACCCUCACCCUACAGCUCCCCUUUUGUGGGCAUCGCCAAGUGGAUCAUUUCUUUUGGGAGGUUCCUGUGCUCAUCAAGUUGGCUUGUGUGGACACCGCUUUCAUCCAGGCAGAACUCUUUGUGGUUAGUGUCUUAUUCUUGGUGGUGUCUUUGUCACUCAUCCUGAUGUCCUAUGGGCACAUUACCCAAGCAGUUUUGAAGAUAAAGUCAGCCACUGGACGACGUAAAGCAUUUGGGACCUGUUCCUCCCACCUGAUGGUUGUCAUCAUCUUCUAUGGAACCAUUAUCUUCAUGUAUCUGCAGCCGGCCAAGAGUAGAUCCAAGGACCCGGGAAAGUUGUGUUCUCUCUUCUACACUGAGGUGACCCCCAUGCUUAACCCCCUUAUCUAUACCCUGAGAAAUAAGGAAGUGAAAAUAACACUGAAAAAAAUGCUGGGGAAAACUUUAUGA